AUGCAAUACUCCAAGCUCCUCUUCACUGUCAUGACAAUGGCUACCCUUGCCUCGGCUCUGUCACCUAGAGCCUUGCGAAAAGAGCCCAACACAAAGAAACACAUCGCUGACGAGGACGCUACUGGUCUCAACGACGAUGACGACAUUAUCGCCUACGCCAACUGGCAAGACACAAACCCCCAAGAAUGA